AUGGAGACACUAUUAUUAUUGAGUGAUAAACAGGUGCAGGACUUUUUAAUUAAUGGUUAUUUGAUUCUUCAGCCUACAUCUCUUGAUGAAAAUUUUCACUCAACAAUAUUUACUCAAGCUCAGUCAAUUUUUGCGAAAGAUGGCAAUCCAGGGAAUAAUAUUCUUCCACGAAUUCCUCAACUUCAGAAUGUAUUCGACGAUCCAGUAAUUAAAGGUGCAUUAAUAAGUUUAUUGGGUUCAAAUUACACUAUGCAACCACAUCGACAUGCUCAUUUAACAAGUCCUGGAACUAAAGUUCAACACUGGCAUAAAGAUAGUUAUUUUGGCUAUCGAAAGUCACUUCGCCAUCAUCAAUUACGUUAUAUCAUGGCCAUGUAUUAUCCUCAAGAUACAACUAUGGAGAUGGGACCCACUGCUAUCAAACCUCAGUCACAAUACAAUAUGAUGGAGCCGAAAAUAGGUUCACAUCAUAAAACACUAGAAAAUCCAAAUAAAAAGAAUGACGAUCAACACGAUAUUUAUCUCGUUUGUACAGCUGGUACUGUGGUAUUAAUUCAUUAUGAUAUUGUGCAUAGAGGAACAGCCAAUCGAACAAAUGAUUCACAUCGUUUUAUGUUUAAGUUUCAGUUUAAUCGACUUGAAGAACCAACACAACCAACAUGGAAUCAUGACCCAACAAACGCCUAUUACGAUGCAGCUGAUGCAGGGUUAUUACAACCAAUUGUGAAACAUGUCUGGAACUGGAUGAUAGGUCGUGCCAUCAUCUUACAACAACUUCCCAUUGAUCAAGAUAUCGCUACGUGGAAAACACAGCUCAAUAAUGAAGAUGGAAAAAUUCGUCUUAAUGCAGCUUAUAAUCUAGCUAUGAAUAAUGAAUACAAUAUCUUAAUCGAACAAUUAUAUAAACGCAACGAAAUUGUUCGUCUCGAAGCGGCUUAUGCAUUAACGGCUUGCCGAUAUAACAAAGACGUGAUUGCUGAAUUACAAGCAGUAUUGAAAAGAGAAGAAAAGAAUGAAUCCAUAGCAUAUUGUAUUGCAUUCAUUUUUUCCGAAAUGGGAUCUACAGCAUUGGAUACAUUGCCAUUAUUGAUACACGUCGUUGAAACGAGUCAUUCAUGGUUAGUGAAACAAUACUGCUGUGAAGCACUGGGAACUAUCCAAUUAAAUGAACAGCAGUAUAUUGACAUGGUAGUGCAAUGUUUGACAAAUGUUCUUGUGGAUCGAGAUCAACAGAAAAAUCCUAAAGAAGCAUCCCAUGUGAGAUUUACGGCUGCAUUAUCCAUGGCUAAACUUGGUGCUAAAGCAUCACAAGCAAUACCCAGUCUAAAAGACGCACUUUAUUUGGAUCAAAAUCGAUACGUGAAUGGGAAUGCAUUGUUAGCUUUGGAAAGAAUCGGAACAAGUGAGGCGUUAAAAAUUGUUUUGCAUUAUCUUAACAUGUCGAGAUGGUGUGCCAAGACAACAGCUCAUAGCCUGUUUUAA